AUGAGGAUUUUUAGACCGUGGAGAUUGCGCUGCCCUGCCCUGCACCUGCCCUCGUUCCCUACAUUCUCACUAAAGUGGAGCUUGCCCUCCCUCACUAUUGACACUGACGACACCAUGUGUAAAAGUGUGACCACAGGAGAGUGGAAGAAAAUCUUCUAUGAGAAGAUGGAGGAAGCAAAGCCAGCGGACAGCUGGGACCUCAUCAUAGACCCCAACCUCAAGCACAAUGUGCUGGCCCCUGGCUGGAAGCAGUACCUGGAAUUGCAUGCCUCAGGCAGGUUCCACUGCUCCUGGUGCUGGCACACCUGGCAGUCGCCGCACGUGGUCAUCCUCUUCCACAUGCACCUGGACCGUGCCCAGCGGGCAGGCUCGGUGCGCAUGCGCGUCUUCAAGCAGCUGUGCUAUGAGUGCGGCUCAGCGCGGCUGGACGAGUCCAGCAUGCUGGAGGAGAACAUCGAGAGCCUGGUGGACAACCUCAUCACCAGCCUGCGUGAGCAGUGCUACGGCGAGCACGGAGGCCAGUACCGCAUCCAGGUGGCCAGCCGCCAGGAUACCCGGCGGCACCGCAGCGAGUUCUGCGAGGCCUGCCAGGAGGGCAUCACGCACUGGAAGCCCAGCCAGAAGCUGCUGGAGGAGGAGGCCACCACCUACACCUUCUCUCGGCCGCCCAGCCCCACCAAGCCGCAGGCCGAGACGGGCUCAGGCUGCAACUUCUGCUCUAUCCCCUGGUGCUUGUUUUGGGCCACGGUCCUGCUGCUGAUCAUCUACCUGCAGUUCUCCUUCCGCAGCUCCAUCUAG